AUGUUUAUAGGUCGUGAUGGAUCAAAAGGACAUGAUGAAAUGGUAUUAAUGGUAAAAAAGGUGUCGAUGGGUGUUAAAUUUAAUAGUUCACCAUAUGAUUUAAUGGUGGAAGAGAUUGGAUAA